ACACAGAACAAUACUUUUCCUAAUUGACCUUCCACACCUUUUCGACGUACCCAUUGCACACUAAGGUGCAAUUGCUAGUUUUAUUAACCAAGCUAACCUUCAAGUAAUAGCAAUCGAGUAGAAAGAUUGAAGGUACGGCGGUUUUCUAGAAUUCACAAUGGGAUUGUCUCCACCCGAAGAUCAAGAUGCCAAUGACCCCCGGCAGGCAAGGGUAGAAGCUAUUUUGAAAGCACCUGAAGCUCACAGUGCAUUAUGUAUACAGGAUAUUCAAAGACUAAUUACUUGGGUUCUUGGAGAUGGAGUUAUGCCAUCAUGGAUAUUUAUCAAAAAUAAGCCGUUGAUAUCAAAGGUAGUACUGCUUUAUAUGCCAGGUCUUGAUGCAUCAUUGUAUAUGUCUCGAUCUCAUUUGCUAAGUAGUAUGAGGGACUGCUGUGGUAAUCCACGGGCUGUUAUGGCUAUCAGUUCACUAGCGAGUUCAUCUCAAACAAUAGAAACUCUAUUAACUUGCAAGCAGAAAAGGAAACAUCAAGAGAAUGCAAAUGAAACAACAAGGAGCUGCAAGUUUCUGAAGGAAACAACUGGAAGCAAAAACACGAUUGGUUAUAUGGAGUUGCCCAUUCCUGCAAUAUAUUACACUCUUACUGAGAGACAGCUGGAAGAAAAUGGAUAUCCUACUGAUGUUGCUGGUGGGCAUAAAAGCAUGCCGGGAUUUGUUUCAACACGUCAAGCUCCUACAGGAUCUACUCACAAGAUGCUGGCACUUGAUUGUGAGAUGUGUUAUACAUCAGAAGGCCUGGAGCUGACAAGGGUGACAUUGGUGAAUAUUGAAGGGAAGGUUAUCCUUGACAAAUUGGUCAAGCCUUCAAAAGCAAUUGUUAACUACAAUACCAGGUACAGUGGAAUUACAAGUGAAAUGUUGGCGAAUAUUACAACCACACUUAAGGAUAUUCAGGAAGAAUUCCUGAACCUGGUUUCUAGAGAAACCAUUCUUGUUGGUCACUCAUUAGAGAAUGAUCUUUUGGCUUUGAGGAUUGUGCACAACUUAGUAAUUGAUACGGCUAUCUUAUAUCAACAUCCACAAGGUGCACAUUUUAAACCUGCUUUACGAAUAAUUACAAAAAAGUUUCUGAGUAGAGAUAUUCAGCAGUCAAAAAGCGGUCAUAAUAGUGUUGAAGAUGCCAGAGCUACCAUGGAUCUAGCAUUGAUGAAGAUUCAAAAAGGGCCAGGAUUUGGGAAGCCAUCUUCUGUUGUAUGUCAAAAUUUGGUUUCACUUUUGAGUGAUCAAGGACAAAAAUGCUCACUUAUUGAUCAGAAGAAUGUGUUACAACACUAUGCUUGUCGAUCAUGCAAUGCAAUCUUAUCUUUUUCAGAUGAUGAUGCACUUCUAAAGGCUGCAAAAGAGGUGAAAAAUGAAAAUGUAAACUUUGUUUGGACACAAUUUUCCGAUCUUGAUUCAUAUUAUGAAAAGCAAUCAAGAAAUGCUGAAACUGUGAAUGCCCAAGCUGCAGAGAUGGUUGCUUUAGCAACCUGCAGUGAGAAAUUUGUCAAAGGAAAAAAGAAAUUCAGAUGCACUAUUUCCAUAGAAUUGGAGGCAAUCUUGGAGCACAUGGACAGAAGGGUCCAAAAACUUUUUACUGCCUUGCCAACAAAUGGGUUGCUCAUUAUUUCAACUGGCCAUGGCGAUACUCAUACUGUUAGAAGGAUCUUGAACGUGUUGAUAGAUUGAACAUCUGAAUAUGGGUGACUUCGUCUCAAAGUUAGGCGAUUGAUUUGUUGGUACUAAGGCCAUCGACUUCUUGAUAUUGGGCGAACAAAUAAUGUAAGUUUUUGUUGACUAUUAUUUAAAAAUCCGAAACCUUUGUUUGACGUUGGAAGUGUGGAAGAGUGGGCACAUGUAACUGAAAGGGUUCUAGCUUUAGCGUAAGUCUUUUGCAAUAUUUGGCGACUAAAGGAAGCAAUUUUCAGAUGUUUGACCCUGUCUUCAGCUUCCAACACUCCAUGCUAAGUAUUCUUAGUGGUUGAAGGAUCGAAUAGACCUUAUUCUUUGGACGUGGGACUGGUAGCAGCAUUGAGACUUGAGUCUAUGGCGUGUGAGUGUGACUUGUCAUGCUUGGCAUGGAAACAAAAGCCAAUACAGAUUGUGGAUACUUUUGUUGCAACGUUUAGAGAAAAUAGCUGCAUGAUAUUGUAAUUAAAUCUCUCCAAACUUAACUUUAUGAGCAAGAAAAAUGUAAAACAUAAAUUUUGUCUAUUUCUAUAACAUUCUGCAGCACAUUUAUAGUU